UGAAGAAACUUUCAAGAAAAGUCACACAAAAACUAAAAUGGAUAGCAGUGAGAAGACAAAGCUUUUGGAUGAAGAUGAAGAGGCACCUAAAUCUGUGAAGAUCCCAGUCACAGGUUUUGUCAUCGGAAUCAUCGUGUUCGUACAUAUGGCAUCAUUUACCAUCCUACUGUUUGACUUGAAUCAGUAUACUUAUAGUGUAUAUAAAGACAAAGAGUUUCCGAACGCAACAUUGAACAAAUCAGAUAAAUCUCUUUGUGAAACCAAUACGAGUUCCCCAGAAUUUCAGAUGGAGCAAACUAUACAGUCUGACACAGCAAGAUGGACAGUGUAUAUAUCUAUAUCGGGUGGAAUUCCAGCCAUAUUUUCAGCUCCUUUAAUUUCCUCUUUGAGCGAUAGAUUUGGAAGAAAGAAAACACUUUUGGUUCCAUUAUUUGGAUCCCUAAUAAAAAGUGGACUUUGCUUCCUGAACAUUUUCAUGAAAUAUGACGUAAAUUUUUUCAUAAUUUAUCUGUUUAUUGAGGGUUGCACUGGAGGAUGGGUCUCCUCUGUAGCCAUUUGCUCGUCCGGUUUCGCCGAUAUUACAAAGGCCGGAAAACAAAGGUCUUUUGCGUUUGCAAUUCUUGGUCUAGGUGUUGGGGUCGGAUUCCUAGCAGGCACCCUGCUUUCUGGGUAUCUGAUAGAAGCAUUUGGGUUUAACAGCCCUGUCAUUGCAUCAGGUGCCAUGGUUCUGGUUGGGAUACUAUUCACCACUUUUGUUCUUAAAGAACCAUUGAAAGAGGAGAAUCGGGUCAGUUCAGUUCACCCCCUACGUCAGAUUAAAGAAUCAUUAGAUUUAUACAUUCAUGGAAAUAAAGAUCAAAACUAUGGACGACGUUGGCAAUAUAUAAUACUUAUACUGGCAUUCAACUUACUAAGCAUGGCGGCUUUAGGGAAAACCAAUGUUGAGAUUCUGUACCAAAUUGGCUCUCCAUUUUGUUGGAGUCCAAUCAAAAUAAGUAAUUUCGGCACUAUACGCAGUGUCAUUCAGGAGUUUGUGGGUGUCGUCUCUAUACGAUUACUACAAUGCUUUAUGUCAGAUGACUUCAUAGCAGUCAUUGGAACUCUAUCAGCUAUUGGUUAUUUCGUAAUGGAAGCACUAUCAAAAACAACUUUUGAGCUUUACAUGGUUCCAGUUGUCGGUUGCCUAGGUAUUAUAGAAGUCACAAUGAUACGAUCUAUCAUGUCUCGCUUAACACCACCAGAUAAACAAGGCUCAAUGUUUGGGGGCAUUGCAUUGUUCGAGAAUAUCUGUUUUAUGGUUGGGUCCGUACUGGGUGGAGCCAUCUACUCAGAGACAGUCAGUUUUCUCCCUGGAUUCGCUUUCUGGGUCAUGGCAGGAUACAACGUUAUCGCACUCUUCCUUCUUGUAAUAUUUUACAUUGGCUCUAAAAGACAAAGUAUAUACUACAAGGAAAUUAAUAUCACCUAAGACUAACUUCUACAGGGUUUGGAAACAGCAAUUUCUUAUUUUCAUUGAAGGGAAAUUUCUAGCUCUACUUCAUAAUCUUCAUAAUUUCCUUUACCUUGAUAUUUUCAUAAGCAUUUUCAAAUUA